UUCCCCCGGGAGCUUGGGGAGCCGCCGAGCACCGCCCGCUCGCCCGACGGGUGCGCCCAUGGGUUGGGUGGUCGGGACCUCCCUUCGGAAGUUGCGGCUCAGCACAGAGCUCGGUGGCGAGCCGGGACCGGGCGCCGUGUGGCUGGGCCCGUGGAUAGGGCCUUGGCCUCCCGGCAGGUGUUCUCCAGCCGUUCUCUCCUGAGACAGAUGAAAUGGUUUUUGUAUGCUGAACCCCACCUUGGAUUGUCUCAUUGCUGCACAUUCAGAGUUUCACAAAAAGUAGGAAGUCAAGAUGAAGAGCAGGGUUACACAAGUAAAUCAUGGUUCCAGUUAUGAAAAGAAGGAAAACUACAGUUCACACCGAAGAAGUCUGUCUCCAGAGGACAGGGAUGUAGAGCGUGACAGGUCUCCAUCUCCCAGAAAGAGAAGAUAUUCUGAUGACAGCAGAUAUGAAUAUCAGGAAUAUUCAAGAAGGGAAUACUAUGAUGACAGAACUUCAGAAGGAAGAAGGAUGGAAAGGGGCAGAGACAGACACCAUGAGAAAUGGGAGGAGAGGGAAUCUGAUCGAAGGAAGAGAAGAUACUUAUCACCUGAUCAUAGGAGUCCAGAGAGAUCGACAGUCCAGAGCUCACUUGCUCAUGAUGAGACCUCUUCCAAGAAGAAGAAGGAAGAAGUGGAUCCUAUUCUUACUCGCACAGGUGGUGCAUAUAUUCCACCUGCCAAGCUCAGGAUGAUGCAAGAGCAAAUCACAGAUAAAAAUAGCUUGGCAUAUCAGAGGAUGAGUUGGGAAGCCUUGAAGAAGUCAAUCAAUGGUCUUGUCAAUAAAGUGAACGUUUCUAAUAUAGAAAAUAUCAUUCAUGAGCUUCUUCAGGAAAAUAUUGUUCGUGGAAGGGGGCUGCUAUCUAGAUCCAUUUUGCAAGCUCAGAGUGCCUCUCCAAUUUUCACCCAUGUUUAUGCAGCUCUAGUGGCAAUUAUCAACUCAAAAUUUCCAAAUAUCGGUGAAUUGAUUCUCAAGAGGUUGAUACUAAAUUUUCGCAAAGGAUACCGUAGAAAUGAUAAGCAACUUUGUCUAACAUCUUCAAAAUUUGUUGCACACUUGAUGAAUCAGAAUGUGGCUCAUGAGGUUUUAUGUUUGGAGAUGCUCACUUUGCUUCUUGAAAGGCCUACUGAUGACAGUAUUGAAGUAGCAAUUGGAUUUAUUAAAGAGAGUGGGCUGAAAUUAACAGAAGUUUCUCCUAGGGGUAUUAAUGCAAUCUUUGACCGUCUUCGACAUAUUCUGCAUGAAUCUAAAAUUGAUAUGCGUGUUCAAUAUAUGAUAGAAGUUAUGUUUGCUGUACGGAAGGAUGGCUUCAAGGAUCAUCCAAUCAUUCCAGAGGGAUUAGAUCUAGUGGAAGAGGAGGAUCAGUUUACUCAUAUGUUGCCAUUAGAAGAUGAGUACAACCCAGAGGAUGUUCUUAAUGUUUUCAAGAUGGAUCCGAACUUUAUGGAAAAUGAAGAGAAAUACAAAAUGCUGAAGAAAGAAAUUCUUGAUGAAGGUGACAGUGAAUCUGAAGCAGAUCAAGAGGCUGGAAGUAGUGAGGAGGAUGAAGAUGAUGAUGAAGAGGAGGGUGAAGAUGGUCAGAAAGUUACCGUGCAUGACAAAACAGAAAUUAACCUGGUUUCCUUUCGUCGUACAAUUUAUCUUGCUAUACAGUCAAGCUUAGACUUUGAAGAAUGUGCUCACAAAUUGUUGAAGAUGGACUUUCCGGAAAGUCAGACUAAAGAACUCUGCAAUAUGAUACUUGACUGCUGUGCUCAGCAAAGAACGUAUGAGAAAUUCUUCGGGUUACUGGCUGGGCGUUUCUGCAUGUUAAAAAAAGAAUAUAUGGAAUCCUUUGAAGCUAUUUUCAAAGAACAAUAUGAUACCAUUCAUCGUUUGGAAACGAACAAACUGAGAAAUGUUGCCAAGAUGUUUGCUCAUCUACUGCACACCGAUUCAAUUCCCUGGAGUGUCCUUGAAUGUAUAAUACUGAGUGAAGAAACUACCACAUCUUCCAGCAGAAUUUUUGUCAAAAUAUUCUUUCAGGAGCUCAGUGAAUAUAUGGGACUUCCUAAUUUAAAUGCAAGAUUAAAAGAUGAAACACUGCAGCCUUUCUUUGAGGGAUUACUGCCUCGGGAUAACCCAAGAAACACUCGCUUUGCCAUCAAUUUCUUCACUUCUAUUGGCCUUGGAGGACUAACGGAUGAAUUACGGGAGCAUCUUAAAAAUGCACCAAAGAUGAUAAUGACACAAAAACAAGAUGUUGAGUCAUCAGAUUCUUCUUCAUCUUCAGAGACAGACUCUUCCUCAGAUUCUGAUUCUGACAGCAGCAGUAGUAGCUCAGAAUCAUCCAGCAGCAGUGACUCCUCAUCUAGCAGUGAUAACAGCAGUGACUCAGAUGCUCCUAAAGCCAAAAGAAAGAGAAUGCAAAAGAAAAACAGAGAAUCUGAUAAAGGGUCGAGGAGAAAACAAGAAAGGAAAAGAAAAUCACAUGAAAAGAAACUGAGAAGGAGGCAACAAGAGGAAAGGAGUGAUACUGAGAGCAAAUCAGAAAGAAAUCACCGAAAGUUGAGGGAAUCGCACAGGAGAGAUGAUAUAUCAAAAUAUCAUCACAGAGAUGAGUCCAAUGGCAGAGACAGUUACCACAGUGGAAGGGAUAGGAACCAUGAAAGAAGUAAGGAUGUAGAAAAUAAACACAGUAAUUCAAAACCCAAGAAAGCAGAGAGAAGAGGUUCCUUUUCUGAUGAUGAAAAGUACAGGCACUGGAGUAAAGAUAAUGAACAUCACAGUAGAAGAAGGGAACGAUCAAGAUCUGGAGAGAGGGUCCAUAAUAAUUCAAGUCCAAGAGAGGAGGAGCAAGAAGGUCGAUACAGAAAUGGUUCGGAGAAGAACAGAGAGAAGUACAGCCGUUAUUCUGACCAGUACAGGGAAUCCAGAGAAUCCAGAAAGAAUGAGGACAGACGAAGAGAGAACUCCCCCCACAGACGAAAAUAAUGCCUCAGCAGAGGCUGAAAUUAAUGUGCAUUUCUGAGCUGUUAAAACUGUAUCUUAAAAGAUGUUACUGAACUGUCUUUGAAAACAAAAAUUUUGUACAAAGUGAUAGUUUGCAUUUGUAAAUUUUAUUAGUCUUUUUCAAAUUUUCAGUACCACUUUUUUAUAACUGUUUCAUUGAGUCUUUCUGUUCAAGUCUUCCUUUGGAAAGAUGAAGCUCUUUAUUUUGUGAAUAAAACUAUUAAGAUCUCUGUGAAAUGGGUGGUUUUGUCACUUAGUUUCAAAUAUCUGUAACUUCAUAGUCUAAAAAGAUAAUUUUUUAACUUUUCCUAUUAAUUGAAAGUCAGAUACUGAGAUUAGGGUGAUAAAUGUAAAAAUCUGAGAUUAGUGUGAAUGUUAGAAGAGUGGGCUUGAUGAAACUUUCAAGCAUCAGUGCGGCUGCUUCUGGCAUUCCAUUUAUUUGACCAAAAUUUUCAGGAAAUACUUCCGUUGAUUUGUUUGUUGUUUUUUUUUUUUUCUUCAAGAGUUAAAAAAUGGAAAAGCAAUAUUGCUGGUUUCAGCAUCACAUUUGAAAGUGUGUCAACUUGUUCUGUUGCUUUUCACGAUGCUUUUUAAUACUGUAACAUCCUGAUCUAGUUACACUUGUGAUAUUAAAAGUGGUUUUUUUUUCAGGGUUUUUUGUUUGUUGGUUUGGUUUGGGGGUUAUUUUCUAACUAUGAAUUUGGUCUUAAAAGUUACAGACUUCAACUUUAGCCCUACAAAGGAAGUGUUUGAGAGACAUCUUUCCCAUUUUUCUAUAUUCCUUAUAGAAAUGAAAUAGGAAAUCUAAAUAAGAGGUGGUUCAAAUCUUUUUAGACAUUUUGCACUCUCUGGCUUGAGAUGCUCAAGUUUAUUGGAAGCAAAGUUUAAAAAAAGAAAACAAAAAACUUUAGUUGCUGCACCAGUUUCUAGUAUAACAUGUUCUACCUGAAGCCAUUUGAAGCAAGUAGCUCAACAUUCAUUGUACAAGUAACAAAUCAAGAUCACCUGGUUAAGACUCUAAAUCUCAUUAGUAAGUAAGGAACAUUUUGAAAGCAUGAAAUAGAAAGUAGUGUGGACACUAUUUUCUAUUUCUCUGUCCACUAGUGUGGACAGAGGUGAUAGUUGUAUAUUAGACAAUUACUGAUGCCAUAAGAUUACAUUUUUUGUACUCUGAAAUGAGCACAAUUGCUGGGCAUAUUAGAACACAUUUCAUGUAUGAAAUUGUAUUUCAUCUUGUAUAAAGCAUAGGAAAUAUAUUUGAGCUGUUUUGUAACAGAAAAUGGAACAAUUCCUAAGGAAAUAGAUCAGUUUUGCCUAAGUCUUGUCACAACAUUUUUCCAAGAAAAAU